AUGAAUAUGUAUAUGGUUCCCAAUCAAGGAAUACCAGGCUUUCCGCCGGGAUUAGAAUACCUGACACAGGUGGAUCAGCUUCUUAUCAAACAGAAAGUUGAGCUUAUUGAAGCUUUGGCAGGCUUUGAGAGCAAUAAUAAAUAUGAGAUCCGUAACUCCAUGGGUCAGAACGUGUUUUACGCGGUGGAGGAGAACGACUGUCUCACCCGUCAGUGCUGCGGCCCGCUGCGAUCCUUCACCAUCCGCAUCCUCGAUAACUUCGGACAGGAAAUCAUCACAGUCAGCCGUCCUCUGAAAUGCAUGUCCUGCUUCUUCCCGUGUUGUCUGCAAGAGCUGGAGAUCCAGGCUCCUCCAGGGAACACAGUGGGAUAUGUUCUACAGCAGUGGCACCCUUUCCUCCCCAAGUUCACCAUAGAGAAUGAGCGCCGAGAGCCGGUUCUCAAGCUCCAGGGGCCGUUCUGUGGCUGGAGCUGCCUGCCAGACGUGGACUUUGAGAUUCUGACCAUGGAUGAAGUCAGCAUUGGAAAGAUCAGCAAACAGUGGACAGGACUUCUCCGGGAGGCCUUCACAGAUUCAGACAACUUUGGGAUCCAGUUCCCCAUGGAUCUUGAUGUGAGAAUGAAGGCAGUGAUGAUCGGGGCCUGCUUUCUCAUUGACUUCAUGUUUUUUGAGACGAAUAACUAGUUGCAAUGCAGACGGUGAUUUAACGUACGGCUUUGUGGAAACGGGUGAAAAGAGAAUAUGUUUACCCUUGCACAUCAUACAUCUGUGAAAUCCAGUGGAAUGCAUGUGAAUAUCAAGCCAGGGGUGUAAAGAACUGUGAUUUUAGAGACUGAAGUAGUUUGAGGUGUGUGAUAUAGCUGCUUGUACCGAUUUAAGUGUAUUGUUUUAUUUUAAUUUUUAUUCUUUUUUUCUCAUCUAUACAUAACAGAUUAACAUAUAUGGCAUUAAAAGGAAUAGCUCACCACAAAAUAAUUAAAUAAAUAAAUCUGCCACUAUUUACUCCAAGCUCAUAUUACGUUCUUUCCUUCAUGGUCUCCUAUUUUCUAACAUGAAAGGAACAAUUUAAAAGCAUGUCCAGGCCACUAUUUAUUUAUUUAUUUAUUUAUUUAUUAACCCCCAUAAGCACCAUAAAAUAAGCCAUAUGACAGAAUUUAAAUAGUGAACUCUUCUUUUAAGAGCUGUCAGUACAACUAUGCAUAUUCAGUUUUGCAUUAAUACCUACACUGAAUGAUUAAUAUACACCUUUACAACACCAAGUUAUAUUUUAUUGUGGAAAUAGUAUUUUCAACACUUUUAAUUUUAUUAAUUCCCAAAAAUAUAUUUUGCAUGCAAACAGAUGUUGCAAACAGCUAAAAGUGGUCCAAAAAAAGUAAAAAGAAAGAGGUAAUUUGCAGUAAUGUAGUAAUGUGUUAUUUAUUGUGUGAUUUAGCUUAUCUAUCGUUUGUUUAAUUUGUAAUGUUAACAGUAAGCUUAUAAAUAAGAAUUAGAAUUUAUGAGCUUUUUAGUUUAUUUUUUAUAGUACUCAGUGUCUCCAGAAGAGGGCAAUCUUGAUCUUUAAGUACACACAAAAUUUGCAGUGUUUUAGGUCCUUUAAGUACGGAGCCCCUCACAUGACAUGCAAGAAAAAAAUAUAUAAAAUGUGUGCACAAUUUACUGAUUUGUUCCCUCGAUGUACUAAAACAUGCACACGAUUACUAUUUCGUUUACCUCGAUUUGCUAAGUAGUGCGCACAAUUUACUAAUUU